AUGGAGGUUCUUUCUCGUCUCCGGACGGAUGGAACUUUCAACCAAGAGUUUCCAUUGUCACUUUUGAGAGAAGGAAAGAAGAAUGAGUGUUAUUCCUUUGAUCUUAAGUCGGCAACGGAUCGUUGGCCAUUGAGUGUCAUGUUUGCCCUUAUGUCUUGUAUGUUUGGGCCAACAUUGGCGUCUUCAAUUGUCAACAGCUCUUUGGGCCUCAACACCUUUCUAGUCGGGAAACCGAUUGUGAAAAGGAUGAGUGAGGUUGCCUUUCUUUGUGGUCAGCCGUUAGGUUACUACUCCUCAUGGUCACUCUUUGCAUUGUCCCACCACUAUGUAGUGUGGUUGGCAGCAAAACGAGCUUACCCGCAGAGAACCACCCCUUUUAAGGACUAUGCCUUGCUAGGUGAUGAUAUCCUAAUCACUGAUGCACUUGUGGCACAACAGUACAGGAUACUACUGGAUAAACUCGGUGUGACCAUUUCGGAGGCCAAAUCGAUAAUAUCUGAAACUGGUUGCGUCGAGUUUGCCAAGAGAUUCUGGGUCAAGUCAAUGCAAAUUGACCUGUCUCCAGUCUCUCUUCGGCUGUUGUUAUCUUGUAGGACGACUAUUGGUCUCUGUUCUAUCCGUAAUAAAUACCCUGUAAGUGUUUCUACAUUACAGCGGUUGGGUGGAGCGGGAUUUAGAGUCCGUUCGCUUUCUCGACUCAAUCUAAACGUUGGGAAAGAUUAA